AUGACUCCAAGCAGCGCUUCGAGAAGUGAAAUACCGGGUUCGUUAGAUUCCAAAAAUCCGGGUUUCCAUGAGUCAAUGGGAGACGGAACCGGCAGAAGAAAGAAAUUAGCGUGUGUGGAAUGCCGACAGCAGAAAUCCAAGUGCGAUGCUCAUGAAUUUGCUCCCAACCCUUGCACAAGGUGCAGAAAGAAAAACAUACCGUGUGUGCUCCAAAAGGACUUCCGAAGGACCUACAAAAGGUUCAGAAACGAGGCUAUUGAAAAGCGUUUCAAAGAGUUGACCAAAACUUUGGGAAAUUUGGACGCGGAUGAGAUUUUGAGGAAAAUCGAAUUAGAGCAAGAAGUCCUGUUAGAUCAAAGUAACUUCACUAAAAACAAACUGCGAAAACUGCGCCAAGAGCAUGACGAGUUUCCGGAAAACAGCCAUGAAAAAAGUCCUGCACGCUCAGGCUCACUGCCUCUUGCAGCGCAAAAGUGCACUUCGAAGUCCCUGGGCGACAUAUACCUGUCCGCAGAAGAUAUUGGCGAGCUCUUUGCGGAGUUCGUCUCCAGAUACCACCCUUUCCUGCCCGUAGUGGACAUAACCAAGGGUCCCGAGCGCAUAUACGAGCUUUCACCUUGCUUAUUCUGGGUGAUCAUGCUAGUCGGACUUCGACGAAAAUUCAAGGCCUCUGGGAUUAUGACCAAUCUUUCAACCUUGGUCAAAUCCGUUCUUGCAGAAAUAACUAUGUCACCGAUCAUUAGAUAUGCACCCAUGGAGAAUGAUGAACCAGUUCUGAACGUGGCGUCCGUGUAUUCUGUCCAGGCGUUUCUGCUGUAUACUUUUUGGCCUCCGCUCACCUCGUCGUUAAGCGCUGACACAUCCUGGAACACCAUUGGAUCUGCCAUGUUUCAAGCCAUCCGUGUAGGGCUCAAUUGUGCGGAAUUUUCGACCGAGUACGCGACCGCGAAUUCGGAGCAAAUACAAGAACAAGUCAAAACUUGGAUUUGCUGCAAUAUCGUUUCGCAAACGAUUGCAUCAUCCUUCGGAUUCCCAGCUUUCGUUUCCUUCGAUCACACUGUGAUCAGUGCCUGUAAAAGUGUACAACGCCCUCUGUCUGAUCACAAAGACAUGGAAAUAGCGGAAAGUAUUAAGCAAAUGAUGUACAUUGCUCAUUUCGAGAACCAACUGACCAGGACGAUGAAUUCCAACCCACUGGAUGUUAUGGGGAUGGUCGCAGGAGCUGAAAAACUCCCAUUAUUACGCGUUUUAGAGCAACAGCUGGGAGAAUUGGAAAUCAGGCUUCGUGACAGCAAGCUGGACGACAUCAGAAAGUUUUUGCUUUUGGUAGCUAAAGUUCAUUUGCUGACCUAUACCUUCACUGGUGAUGCGUCUCAGGACGGCGCUCUAGAUGUGAGAUCUCUGGAAAUGAGCGUCCGAGAUACAGAAAUCGACUUUGAAGCCAAAGCGGGAUUUGUGAAGGUUUACAAUGCUGCGAUCGAGCUUCUCACGCACACAACGUCGAUGUGUAAGUCAACUCCACAUCUAAUCAAAUCUUUUCCAGGUGUUUUCGUUUUGAACAUUUGGCAGACAGCAUGCAUUAUCAGCAAACUGUCGCACUCAUCACUGAAUUCAGUUUUGAAUCUUGAAAAAGGGAAGGAGAUGUAUCAAGAAGCCAUAACUUUGACGAGCUCUGCCUCAGUCCUGAAGUACGAUAUGGCUUAUAGGUCGUCGGGUAUCAUGAAAAGCAUAUGGAGGAUGUUUAGUAACAUGCACGAGCAUUGGAAACACGAGCAGACGCAGACAGCUAAAGCAUUCUCAAAAGAUUUCAAUUUAGACAUUACCAUAAGGUCUAGGAUGUCGGCAAGUGUCUUCUUCGACUGUCUGUACAAGCUUCGUGAGAAAUGUGGCAUGGCCAAACUCAAGAGAGAAUUACGAUCGGACUCUGAUGAAAACGAGCUCGACGACAACGCUACUGCGUACGGAAGACCCGGGAAGGAAGGUCAUGACAUCUCUUCGCAUGAGCGAGUCGACGAUAGCGCCCGGAAAUUGAUCAAAACCAUCCCAUUGGAUCCGGAGCCCAUCAACGCCCCAGUUACCACCAGCAAUAGUCCAAAUAUCCCCAGUGCGGAGGCUUCGGAUGUGGUGUCGCUAAGAAGCAUAUUAAACAAGAGGGUUGGCAUAUCUUCGGGCCCAAAUGCUGAAAAUUUGACGGAAGAUGUGAACGAUACAAGCGAGGGACCUUUUGUUGAUUCUCUGAAUUUCACACCCGAUCCCCUCAUUGACCGAAGGCUAUAUGCAGACAAAGCGGAGACCAAAACAACCCCAAAAAUCCAGGAACAUGAAUAUGCCACUGUGUCGUCGUCGAAUCGCAGCGACUCACCGGUCCCGCUGGAUCGGUGGGACAAUUGGGAAUCCGAUAGCGUGUGGAAAGACGUUGAUAUUUUAAUGAAUGAAUUUGCAUUCAAUCCCACGCUUUGA